AUGACUUUCGGCGCGUGGAACGUGCGUACACUCCUUGAUCGCGAUAUAAAUAUCUGCCCAGAACGGAAAACCGCAAUUGUUGCCCGAGAACUUCUUCGCUACGAUGUAGAUGUGGCAGCCCUCAGCGAGACACAUUUAGCGGAAGAAGGGGAACUGGUGGAACACGGUGGCGGGUACACUUUCUUCUGGAAAGGACUCGCUGCCUCAGAACCGAGACGGUCAGGCGUUGGAUUUGCGAUCAAAAACAGGCUUGUCAAGCAACUCGAAGAAUGUCCUAUUCACAUCUCGGAUCGCGUUACCACACUGCGUCUACAUCUUAGAAAUAACAAAUAUCUGAAUGUCAUCAGCGUCUAUGCACCUACCUUAGACAAGUCUGAUGAUAUUAAAGAUAAGUUUUAUGAGGAACUUGCAAAAUGCAUCAAAAGCGUAAGGCCUAGAGAGCAGAUUCUUCUGUUGGGCGACUUUAAUGCCAGAGUCGGACGGGACUACGAUGCAUGGCCCAAGGUUUUGGGUAGGCGUGGGGUCGGGUGCAUGAACAGCAACGGACAGCUAUUACUGAGUCUUUGCGCACAAUUCCAACUUGCCAUCACUAGUACAAUGUUCAGGCUUCCCGCUAAAUAUAAGAACACCUGGAUGCACCCAAGGUCUAAACACUGGCAUCUAAUUGAUUACGCUAUCGUGCGGCAGCGAGAUGUUUCCCAGGUCCAAGUCACCCGCGCAAUGCGUGGUGCCCACUGCUGGACUGAUCAUAGGCUUGUUGUUACUAAGCUGCGUCUCCGACUCCAGCAUCCUCGUCGAUCUGGAAAACCUAAGCCGUAUGCGAGUUUUAACGUGGACGGGCUAAAGGAUCCUGUGACGAGGGAGAAGUAUGCUCGCACUUUGGCCGCUGGAUUACCAUCUCUCAGCAAAGAUGUUCGCCGAGUUGAUUAUGACUGGAAUGCUCUGUCUUCUCAUAUUCUAGAUACCGCUACAUCUACUUUAGGUCAAAAAGUCCGAAAGUCCGAGGACUGGUUUGAUGAGAAUGACGGAGUCCUGAUGGCGGCGAUCGGCAAACACCGACGUUUUCUCCGACAACACCGUGGAGCAAACCGAUGUGCGAGCACUAAGGAGAUCAGACAAAGUGACCUGGAGCUUAGGCGACUAUCUCGGGAAACAAAGGAUAAAUGGUGGCGGGAGAAGGCUUAUCACAUUCAGUGGCUCGCUGACACUAACCAGGUUGGAGAGUUUUAUGGUGAGGUUCGAAAGCUAAUAGGUAAGACCCCUUUUGCAAAAGUACCUAUUAAGCCUGCUAGUGGCAAAGGUCUUCUCAAAAGCAAAGGGGAAAUACUCGAACGUUGGGCGGCACACUUCAGCACUCUGCUGAAUGUAGACAGGGCUGCUGACUUAGAACACAUUCGUUCGUUACCUCAACUCCCAAUAUUUACUGAGCUGGAUAAGCCAUUAUCGUGUGAGGAGAUUGCUCUUGCCAUUAAUCAACAGCAAAAUAGGCGUGCGGUGGGCAUUGACUUUAUACCAGGAGAACUGCUUAAGCACGGUGGUGAUGAGUUGCAAUUGGCUAUCUGGGAACACUUUGAUCGUAUGUGGAAAGAAGAACAGGUCCCAUCUACUUUUAAAGUAUCACGCAUAAGGGCCAUAUAUAAGAACAAGGGUGACAGGUCCGAUUGCGAUUCGUACCGUGGUGUUUCACUUCUGUCGGUCCCCGGAAAGGUUUUUGCCCGUGUACUACUUAACCGUCUUAUGAAGCUUUCUGAACAACUUUUGCCCGAGACCCAGUUUGGCUUCCGACCUGAACGAGGUACGUGUGAAGCCAUUUUCUCUGUACGUCAACUGCAGGAGAAGAGCAGAGAGCAAGGUCGUAAUUUAUACCUCUGCUUCGUUGACCUUGAGAAGGCCUUUGACAGUGUGCCUCGAGAAGCCCUCUGGAUUGUACUUGCGAAGAUCGGGUGUACAGAGAAGUUUGUGAGGCUCCUGAGACUUCUACAUGACGACAUGGAGUGCUGUGUCGCUGUCAACGAUGACCAGUCCGAUUUUUUCACAGUUACCUGUGGGGUGAAACAGGGAUGCGUCUUAGCACCCACACUGUUUGCGCUGUACUUUGCAGCUGUAGUACAGGAGGUCAUACAAGUAACCUCUGAAGGGGUCCGCAUCCGUUUCCGUACGGACGGCGGUAUAUUUAAUCUGACUCGACUGAAGGCCCGCACCAAAGUGUCGCAUGCUCUGAUCACCGAAAUGAUGUACGCCGAUGACCUAUGCUUUGUUGCAGAGUCCCCAGACGGCCUGCAGCUGCUGAUGUCCGUUUUCGACGAGUCGUGCCGAAAAUUCGGCUUAAAAAUCAGUGUCAAAAAGACGGAAAUAAUGUCUUUAGAUAUACAAGGUCACGAGACACUGGUUAUAAAACUCGGUGGGGAGGAGCUGAAGCAGGUCGACAAGUUCCGUUAUCUGGGGAGCACAAUUUCAUCUAAAUGUGACCUAGAUGCGGAAAUCAACAGCAGAAUCGGCGCUGCUGCUGCAUCGUUCGGCAAGUUGGAUGCGAAAGUCUUCAGCUCCCAUGAUCUGAGGCUGGCGACUAAGAUCUCCGUCUACAUGGCUGUUGUGCUGCCUAAUAUCCUUUACGCUGCCGAAACAUGGACCGUGUACCGCCGUCAUAUACAAACGCUCGACCGAUUCCACCUCAAUUGUCUUCGUAAAAUACUCAAUAUUCGAUGGUCUGAUCGUGUACGGAACACUGAAGUGCUGCGAAGAGCCAAUGUGGAUGGCAUUGAGGCUUAUCUUAUGCGGCGUCAGCUUCGGUGGUGCGGACACGUGUCGCGCAUGGCGGAGCAAAGAGUCGCUAAGCGCAUCUUCUACUCGGAACUUGAGGAAGGCAAGCGUAAGCAUGGCGGUCAACUCCUCAGGUACAAAGAUGUGCUCAAGCGACACAUGAAAAAUUGCAGCAUCGACCCGCUGCAAUGGGAGCAGCAGGCAGCCGGACGGCCAGAGUGGAGGGCGCUAGUUAAAGCUAGCGUCCAGAACUUUGAGGAUAGGCGGCUCUAUGAGCUGGACGCCAAGCGAGAUGAACUAAAGGUUCGACCACCAGCGACCUUUAGCUAUAACUAUGUUAACGGUGUGCUAGCGUGCCCGCUGUGUGCGAGGACUUUUACACACAAAAUUGGCUACAUAAGCCACGCACGAGCACACCAAAGAAAAAAAAACGGAGUUGAAUGCAGUCGCCGUGGCCGUAAUCGGCCGGGAGGAGUGUCACGUUCGGGCGCUCAUCAAGUUGUAUUGCGUGGUGCUUCAAAAACCCUGAGCGGCCGGUAUCGAUGCGAGGUGUCAGCUGAUGCGCCGUUUUUCCAUACCGUGUACAAAAGUGCUUACAUGCGCGUCAUUGAAUUACCAGAGGGUGUUCCUUUGGUGCGCGCACAGAAGAGUUGGUAUACUGUAGGCGAUAUGCUAAGGGUUAAUUGCACGUCACCUGCUGCAGACCCGCCGGCGAAUCUGACAUGGCUAGUCAAUGGAUAUGAGUUAAAAGGCCUCGAUAUCCCGCCACCGGAUACAGCGUUCUCGAGGGGACAGUCUGAUAUAAGCGAUACGUCACUAGAAGACGCGAAUAGAAUUAUUUUCAGUCCAUGGGACGCAAUAUCUGGUUACGAAGAAACUGCGACUGACGUCAUAGACAUCCCAGGUGACAUUGAAGAUUCACUUGGUUCAAAUUCUUACAAGAAGCUCGAGAGCUCGACGCGAGGACCCCUUAGACUAGAACAAAUUGCAAGCAAAAAUAUUAGCGCGGAAGAAGAUAAAUGUAAUAAGUCUUCCUCCUUCAGUCAACUCGUUAUACGAGUGCAGAAUUCACAUUUUCAUAAGGGGCGAAUGAAUGUAACGUGCGUGGCUCGCAUAUUGACAGUUUGGUCGGCGAGCACAGUGCUUUUACUAGACGAGGAGCGUCCCCAAAUAGCUCCUGUCAUGGGCAGUCGGGAUACGAACUCCGUUUUUAAUUCAAAUGUAUUCCCGCCUCAUCUCUUCACGUUACAAGCUCUUCUUGAUCAGUUCCAAAGUCUUAAGGACUUUGAACCGAGAAUCUCUCCAACCCUUACAUUUAUCAAAUAA